AUGGUGUACAUGGUGAAAGAUUCCGGGGACUUCAACAACAAGCUCGAAGCGGCCGGCGAUCAGCUGGUGGUGGUUGACUUCUUCGCCACCUGGUGCGGCCCGUGCAAGGUGAUCGCUCCGAAGCUGGAAGAGUUCCAGAACAAGUACGCCGACAAGAUCGUGGUGGUGAAGGUGGACGUGGACGAGUGUGAAGAACUGGCGGCCCAGUACAACAUCGCCAGCAUGCCCACGUUCCUGUUCAUCAAGCGGAAGGAAGUGGUGGCCCAGUUCUCCGGUGCAAACCCCGAAAAGCUGGAAAGCUUCAUCCAGCAGCACUCUGGUUAA